GCCCGCAUCAAGCACCACUACCACAAAUUCCCACCGUAGUGCAGAGCCACAAAUUUAUCAACCAUGGCAAUGAGCGCGAGGUCCUCGUUCCUCCUCCUAUUCACCACCCUCCUAUUCCUAGCCCUUGCGUCUCCAGCCGCCGCAUUCGGUGCGGGAAACAUCGCGAGCAUCGCGAAAAUUGAAGGGAGAAACUGGCGACACGGUGAUAUUGAGGACACGCUAAAGACAUUGGUAGCGCUUAAGGGCCUCAAGUGGACCUCCAGGAAUGUCCGACGUGUGUACUUUGGGAAUUGGUUGAGGGAUUAUUCACAGGCUCUGGAUGUCGGCACUCUCAAUCGCGUUAAUAAGGAUACCAUUCGUAUUCUAGUUUGGGUGCUGAGCUUUUUGAGCUUUGGUUACGCCACGGGGGAGUUUGAGGUCACGGAGGAGAGGUUAGGGGUUUACCGGCCUGAGGAGCAUAUCGGUUAGCGAGCUACUGCUCGAUUGUUUUGAGAUUUAAUCUUGAUUACCCCUCUUUACUGACGACGAUGCAACAGACAACCCAAGAGACUAUGCCGACAACACCGACGCACGCCACUAUGACCCCCGUCUCCGUCCUCCAGUACACCCGGCAGAACUGGCCGUAGACCCCCUAACCGGAAUGAAAAAUUACAUUGCCAACGAAAGUGGAGGAUGGGCGACCUCCACCGGAUACGUUAAGCACUCCCUUACCAGAUCCAUCCACUUUGGCCGUCUCUACACCUCCGGUGGCGCCGGGGUCGCCGGCCGUGAAAAAGACCUUUGCGAAGCUCUACGCUGCCUUGGUCAGGCAUUGCACUGUCUGGAGGACUUCUCCGCGCACAGCAAUUACAUAGAACUAGCCCUCCGUGAACUCGGCUUCCAUAGCGUCUUCCCGCACACCGGUGUGGGCACAGAAAUGAUGGCCGGCCCGGGUGCCGUGACCCCCGCUCAGCCCGGUGCGCCACCGUACGGUGGGUACGCCGGCGGGUAUCCCGUACAUCAACAACAAGCCAUGGGCGGAGGGCCAAUGAAGCGCGUAUUCCCACUCGUGACGGGCACCUUUGGAGCGGUAGACUUCUUGCACUCUGUUCUCGGUGAAGCCCAAGAUAAGUUUUCUCAGACAGAAGUGGAUGAACUGGACAAUGUCCUUGGGGAAGCCCACGAGCAACAAAAAAAGUCGGAACGCACCGGGCAAAAGAGCGUUCUGCAGGGUCUCCUGCAACAAAUACCCAGCCUUGGCGGUCUCUCUGGCGACGCCGAUAGACUGGAGGCGCAGAGCAACGCCAAAGAAAUGGAGAACAUGCACAUCGCCCCACAGAAAUCCCGUGGGCCGGCACCGUCUGGCGGCUUUGACGCUGCAAAGACCGCGCGCGACAUAUACCCAAUCCUUGAGUUCAGAGAUAAAGUCAUGCGCAGUAUUGAAGAGGCCAUAGAGCGAAUUCCUGGCCUCACCGCGCUCGUUGAGAAGAUCUCUGAGACGCUUUCGUUAUUCGUACUCUCCCUUCUGGCGCCAUACGUCCGCCCAAUAAUAGCUCAGGCCUCCCUAGAACUAAAAGCGGGUUCCAGUGCUGUCGUUGACUCCUCGGCAGCCCACCAGUACGAACCGUGGACCGUACCGACAUGCACGGACCCGACCCACUCCCUCCUGUCAAAAGACCACUUCUCCAACAAACUUAAUACCCCCGCCGGAGAAGUCGCCAGUGCGAUAUUAACAUACACAGUCCCCCGAAUAGUUUAUGCCUGGGAGAAUCCUACCACCCCGAUAGAGAUGGUACUCCACGACGUAACACGCGUGUUCCACCACCCGGCACUACGUGAUCCGAAUGCCGAGGUCCAGGCAACUAUGUUCAAUACCGUCGCCGCAUGGAUCGAGCGUCUGCGCGACAAGGGCGCAUCGCUGAACGACGUGCUAUCCAGCGAGGGCGUCCGCGCUGGGAAGAACCACGAAGGAGGGGUAUUCGCCGGCGGUCAUGAAGGUGGCCACGGAAAGCUCAAGGACGGCGAAUGGGAGAAGGCGAAGAAGAAGAAGAAGGACAAGGACUCCAAGAAAGACAAGGACAGCUACUCCGGCAUCCCAGGAAUCUCGUCUAGUGGUGGGGGCAUGAACGUUGGAGGGGUCAAGAUCCCCGGCCCCAUUGGUGGAAUACUCGACGCCGUUACCGCCGGGUACACGGAUAAUAAGGGUGGCUCCUCUGGUAUAAAGUACAAGGAGGAGAAGUACCAUGAUAAGGAUAAGUAUCACGAUAAGGAGAAGCACCACGACAAGGAGAAGAAGAAGGAGAAGAAGGAGAAGCAUUACGAUGAGUAUGAUAAGUAUGUUCCUCCCUUCCAACUAUUGGCCGGAAAACGAUGGGCAUAUGGCUAAUGAGUCUUGCGCCGCAGGGAUAAAAAGGACAAAAAGGACAAAAAGGACAAGGACAAGGAUAAACACAAGGAUAAGGAUAAGAAGGAUAAGAAGGACAGGAAGGACAGGCACUACUCCGAAGAUGAGGACUCUGAGGACGGACGUCGUUAUCGUGGGCACAGUGGAGAUUAUGAACAUCAUGGUGGGCAUGGGUAUCAGGCUGGGUAUCCGGGGGGAUAUCCAGGCGGGUAUUAAUUUGCCUUAUUUCUUUGUCGGUUGGAUUAGGGGCGCCGUCGUGUUGUGCGUUUAGUUUAAGUUCUAUUCCUCUUUGGAACUCGUAUCGUUUUUGGUUGUAGUGCAUGAAAUAUCACUCGAUAUCCGAAAUU